AUAAAUGCUUUUUUACAUUUGAUUCUGUUGCGUAAGCGGAGUACAUUAGAAAUUAGCACUAAGUUUUUAAAAAAGCGUCGUUUUAUGAAAAUUGACUAGAAGGUUGAAGCGAGCAAGAGCAACCGCGUCUAUAGUCGUGAAUCACGUUGGUGCAGGAGAUACUGAAGCAUACAGAAGUGCACUUCGGAAGUAUACAGGAAAUUCAAGAUGGAAGACGGUGAUAAUAAAGUGGAAAUUGAGUUAGGUAAAGAUAGGAAGUCUUACGCCGGCAUACCGGAGGCCGACUUUGUCGACGAUGUCGAGACUUUCAUGGCAAAGCCAGAAAACGAAUCUGUGGACAAGGUACUCAGAAAAUUUGACGAGAGCCAUGGAAAGUACAAGUUUAUGGAGUUUAACCUAGUCAACAAACGAAGACGCUUAAAAUCACAAAUACCAGAUUUAGAAAGAUCUCUAGAGAUGAUUGAGAAACUGCAGAGCGAGAAGAGUAGUUUAGAAACACAAUUUCUAUUAUCGGAACAAGUUUACGCAAAAGCAAUAAUACCACCAACAGACAAAGUAUGUUUAUGGCUGGGUGCUAACGUCAUGCUAGAAUAUACUUUAGAUGACGCACAAGAAGUGUUGACCAAAAAUAUUGAGGCAGCCAAAAAGAAUUUAGGAUAUGUAGAGCAUGAUCUAGACUUUGUUCGAGAUCAGUACACCACCAUGGAAGUGAACAUGGCACGUAUCUAUAAUUGGGAAGUAAAGCGUAGACAGGCAGCAAAACCUACAUGAAAUUUAUCAAUUUUGCUCAUACUCAGAUUUGCCUAAAGUCAGGAGAAUGGCUACUACAGAAUAUUCAUUACAUGAAGAACAAAUUUCUCAAUGCACUAUAUAUAAAAAUUCCAAGAAUAAAAGAUUCAGAAACUUAUUUAAUUAAUCUUCACGUGACGUAAUAUUUAUGUAUAUCACAAACAUGUCUAUACUAGACGUCUAAACUUUUGUAAUAUUGAUAGGUAGAAAUGGUAUUUUUUAUCUAUCCUUCCUCAACAUAUGUUGAUUUUAUUUGCAAUAUAUCAAUAUAUUGUAUAAAUCCAAAAAAAAAUAAAAUAAAGUUCCAUAUUAAUACUAAGGCUAAUGAUAUUAUAUAUUUAAGAAUACACAUUCUAAUAAACGUAAAAGAAAUAUUUAUUUGAGCAUGAGAUCUGUUCUGUACAAAAUACUUGACAUUAAGUACUAUGUCAUAUACUUGAUAAAUUUGUCCUUAGAAAAUAAAUUCUAUUUAGAAAGGUAACACAGUUAAAUCAUUUUCUUAAAAUAAAAGUACAUGAAUGAAUGAUCACAUGUAAAUGAUGGAAUGUUUACACAGAAGUUUAGUAAUUUAUCUUAUAUUCUAACUUGUUUUUUUUUUAACAUCGUAUAUUAAUAAGGCACAUAGACUGACUAGAAAAGUCAGUGUCCAAAAAAAAAAAAAAA